UUGACAGGAAACCUGUUCGGCUGUUCGGUGUCGAAUUGUUUCAUUUCGGUCUCGUCGCUGUAUUUGUUUAUCAAUGAUCGAAUCGCGUAAACAGUAUCAAACCGCCGAAUCAAUCAACAAAUCGAAAUCUCUCGUAAACGAUGAAUUAAACUCUAUCGCGUUCAGAGUUAAAUUCCUAGUGUAGGUGUCGCAGAGCCUUAUUUUCAUGUAUUUAUUGAUAAAAUCAAAAUAUAGCUAAUAGUAUUUAGUAGGUCGCGAGUGAGCAACCCUCGAUGAAUAGAAAGCAUGUGAAAAGUGACAUGGAUUCGGGACUGGGCAGUGACGAGGACCGAAGAAGUCGCACCAAGGAGCAAAAACAACUCCACAACCAGCAGUUGCUUAGCGGUUGUUUUAUUGAUGCUGCCAGUUUGUCUGAUGACUCCGAGGUUGUUGACCAAAGGAGAACAGAUGAGAGGAGACAGGGUUCUAUACUGUUUCAAACCGCGGUUCCUCAUUUCUCGAUGGUGCAAAUUCCCCACGACGGUCAUUUCUCGUACUCUUCAACCACCUUGAAUGUCCCACAAUUUCCUGAAACUAGCACCCCUUAUAACUCAAUAGUACAGCUAGAUUCAGAAGAAACAGAGGCUUCUAGAAAAUCUCCUUUAGGUUUUUACGUAGACUUGAGCGAUGUCACCGAAAGUCCAGCUUCACCCCCUAACGCAUCUGCCAAGAAGAACAUCUUUUCCAUGGUCAUCGAUUUCGAAGGACCCAAAAAGGAAAAACCUGUCACAUUAAGCUCUUCUUUGAUCUCUUUCCGCAAACCUAAACCUACCAACAAAUCAAACCUUCUUGGCAAAAGUAGUGGUAGCUUGUCUUCUAGUGUAAGUUCCAUAAAUUCCAACAGAGAUUCCAGCUCUGUAGCUGGCACUAGCAGACAAUCUGAAGAGCUUGAAAUUAGACCAAAUGGCAAAGGUGUCAGCAUCGAGGUACUCAGUGCUUCACUCAUCAAAAACCUUUCUGUAUCGUCCAAAUCUUCUAGUAGUAGUGAAAAGGUUAGUGAUGACAAUGAUAGGGAUUCUGCUAAAGAGUCUGUUGAGGAUGACCAUCUGGAAAGUGAUAGUAUGCCAGAAACUGAAAAGAACGAGGUGGAAGUGAGGAAUGGGGUCGAUGAUGAGGAGGAGAAUCAAAAGAUUGACAAUAAUAAACCAGGUGUUCAAAAUUUGGGAAUCAAAAAUGACAUUCAGACUUGUCCGCAGUUCGUGAAACUAUCGGACCUGGAAUGUCAGAAGCCGAAAGUGGAUUUAAAUUUUACUCCGAGGAUGAGCAGAUCCAUCCCGGAGAGCUCAUGGGUGGAAAGCCCCCUUCUAAUGUCCCAUUCCGUGGGCUACCGCAGCGCCCCCCAUCCAUUAGAACCCGAACACAGCGAUAACUCGAGUACCGAAGACAUCGUGAAGAAGGAGUCGUACUCCCAACCUAAAAAGAGCGUCCGGAAAUUGGGAACGGAUCUGCUGCGCAUGUUCCUGGAGGAAAUCGGACCGGACGUGAUCGUAGAAGUGGACGGGCACAAGCUGAAGGCUCACAAGUGUAUUCUAGCGUCAAGGUGCCAGUAUUUUGCUGCUCUUCUAAGCGGGAAUUGGCUGGAGAAGAACGGAAACGUUAUUUCUUUAGAGGGAUUUUCGUAUGAGUCCGUCUACUUCGCCUUGUGCCAUAUCUACAGCGGUGCUGCCCACGUUCCUGACUCCAUCAGCUUGGUAGAACUGGCCUCAUUGGCUGACAUGCUCGGUCUAGAAGGACUGAAGGAAGUCGUUGAACAUGCUCUGAAACAGAGACAUUGCCAUAACUUUCACAAACCUUGUGCUGGUUGCUGCACGGGCGUACUGGAAGUGCUACCUUUGUCUGCAGCUUACGGACUCGAUGAUCUCUACAGAAGCUGUUUGCAUUGGAUUACUCAAUAUUUUGUACGAGUUUGGCCGAGUAGAUCAUUUGCUAGUCUACCAAGAGAACUGAGAGAAAAAUGUUACCAGCAACACGUGGUCCACAUGACUCCAGAUAAGGUGUUGGAUACAAUUUUAGCCUGCGACAAGAUUCUUGCAACACUUCCUGCAAUGCGUUGGGCUGAACCAGUAAGCCAACUAGUCCUUCAGCUCACAGAUGCUUGUCAUCUAUAUCACCGACAACAUUUCUCAGCGGUAUUAGGUUGUCAGUACUUAGUAGGACUCGAUGCUGGUUUAGGAUUUGGUGUUUGCCAGAUCGAGGACCAAAUGUUAUCUGCAGCCAAGAAUCUGGGCGUCGAACAAGCAUGUCGCAGUUAUGCCAGAUGUUGCAAAAUGUUGGAUCAGAAAUGGACCAGGCCAUUUGCUGAUAUGUUAAAUAAGGUUAAAUUGCAGCUAGAACAAUGCCUUGUUGGGCAAGCUGAUAGACUGAUCAGGAGUCAUGCUUGGCUGAGACUGGAUACUGCCUUAAGAACUCGCAUAAAAGAACUUACCCCGCACCUCGAACCCACUAGUCGACUGCCCCGAGCAACGAUGUUCCGCAAUAAAAAGCCCCCCAACCAAAAACCAAACGUCCAAAGCCCUGCCUUAAGCUCGUCCGACUCCUCGCGCAAUUCCAGCCCCGGAAUGAACCAACAGAACCGUUUGAAUGGCACCAACGGUAGUCCCUCCCUUCGAAGAAGCCUUCUCCUAGCCGCCAAGGCUCCCCAAGUCCCUCCGAGUCCCUCCAUACACCGAAGAAGUACCUUAACCCAGCCGACGGCUGCCAGUGCUGCGAAAUCGACGAAGGGGCCCAUCAAGGCAGUGCCAAGGGCUGGUGUGAGCAGAGAUAGGAAUGGAGCAGUUAACAUUAAACCACCGCUUCAAGCACCCGUUCCCAAACCUGUUACCUCAAAGAAAUCCUCAACGACUGUCUCUAGGAACACCAGCUUAGGAAAGAAAGACGCCCCAUCGUCCCUGGCCACCAAAAGACCUGACAGCAGGUCCAGCUCACCUCUAAAGAGCGACAGCCUCGCUAGCUCACCCAGAAAAAUCGACAGCAGAGUGACGUCACCCAUCAAAGCGACCGUUCGCAGCCCAUCACCUCUAAAAAACGCCGGUACAUCGCCUAGAAGAGUGACGAAGAGCACGCAGGCUGCAAAGCCUGUACAGACGUCGAAGACUGCGCAGGCGGCGAAAACUGCGCAGGCUUCGAAAGCUGCGCAGGCGUCGAAAGCUGCGCAGGUGUCGAAUCCUGUACCUGCUCCGGUCAUGCAGAGGUCGAGCACGUUUUUGAAAGAAGAGCCAACGGUGAUUGGUAAGGUUUUGUAAUUAGAAUUUCUAAUAGGCGGGGUUUUGCAGAAAGUCGUUUUCAAGGCCUUGGUUUGGAGCUAUUAUGUAAUAUUAAAGUAGUUUUUUGAGGAAUAUAUAAAUAUUAAAAUAAAAUAUUUUGUAGGAUGAUAUAGAUAUAUAACAAUGUUCUUAACGAGGGCCGAACAUUUGUGAGGUUAUGUUUUAAUUGAUAUUAUCAUAUAAUAUGAUUUAUUACGAAACAAUCUAAAAUUAUGGGAGUGCGAAGUGGAUAAGAGUCUUCCAUCAUAUAAGGGAAGGCAACACAGGAUUGUAGAGUUCGAGGAGGAUCAUAUUGUGACGGGCAUUACAGUCGCGACUCAAUUCAUUUGCGCUAUUUGGGCCCAAAUGACCUAUAAAAGCUCAUUUGGGAGCCCUUAUAGCAAUAAUAUAAUUGGGAGCAAUAAUAUACAGAGUGGCAUAAAUAUACUUAUUCGUAGCUCUUGCCGCUAGUUCCAAAAAUGAAAAAAAAAACAUUUUUCUCACGUUCUAUAUAACUAAAAUAAUUGAUGUUUCGUAAUUGGCACAAAACAAAUUAUCCAAAUGUACAGUAAUUCACUUGAUUUUUUAUAGAAUACCACGCCCCUUCGUCUUGGAUUCGUUACAUAAUCACAUAAACAGUUAUUAAUUGAAUUAGCAUCAAUUUUCUGCCAAAUUACCCGUGAUUGCCUUAAUUAAUAUUGCUAAUUAACUUCCUCGAGAGUAAAAACACUUAAUUACUUAUGAAUUUUUAUGAGUUAGCACUUGUACGUAUAAUACGCGCAGAACUACUAUCGUCUGACGUCAUCAAUGCAAUUGUACUAUAUAAUCAUCAAUAAUUGUAGGUUUUUGCGACCGCUAUUUUAUAAGGGUAUAAUUAUAUUCGGGGUUUAUAGCAGCGAGCUACAACUGAAUCAGACAAAUACAUACUAGGGUGGUUCGAUAAGUACUUCACUUAGCCUCCAAAAGAAAAACGAAAAUUUUGGAAACACGGUGAUCUAUUUCUGAACAUAGUUUCUUUUUAGCUCGAUACACUUGAGCCGUGCUCCAACUUCUUUAACCAGCCUGACCAACCAGUCUGCAAAGUAGAGGCUUCCAUGGAGGAGAUGAGACUUCCAUUCGACUUAAAUUUCUGACUUCGAGUGACUUUUUCAUGUUUGGAAAUAAAAAAAAGUCUUCAGGACCAAAUCUGGAGAAUAUGGUGGAUGGGACAGCAGUUCGUACCCCAAUUCUACCAAUUUAGCCAUGGCACCGGCGGAGGUGUAAGCCGGUGCGUUGUCAUCGUGGAAGAGCAUUUUUUCUUUUUUCCCCAAUUGGCACUGUUUUUUUGUACAAUGGUGUGAGUUUUUAUUAAAUCUCACCCCACCGUGGCAAAAAGGGUUUAAUUAUUACCUUUUGCCUAAUUGGACAUAGGUAAAUAUUUUAGGACCACCCCUUUACGUCCCCCAAAUCAGAGAAUGUCCUUCGAUUAUACAAAACAGUGAACUUUUAGGAGAACUGGUUCUAAGAUUUAAUUUGGUCGGGUUUUAUAGUUACUAAUUAACACGAUAUGAAGGGUUGUGCACACGAGAAAUAAAAGUGAUAAGUGAACAAAACAUUUAUUAACAACAACGAGUUUAACAAAUGCACGGAAUUAACGAUUAAUUGUCUUAGUAGCGAAAGCGAGAGAGUAUUAUACACAUUAGGUGCCGUCUUAAAAUUUAGAGUGCGAGGUAAUUAUUGCGAGCGGGAGAACAACAGAGAAAACACACGAACUAGUCGCCUUGGACCCUCAGAGGGGACUGCUCGUUCUAUUCAAAAUCACUGCAAUAAUAUCUUAAUUUACACUUUUCUGUCUGAAAAGGGGACACACACAUGUUUUUCUUAGUUCGCAAGUCAGAUGCCUCUUCUAAUAGCAACCACAUGUGCGUUAUCUUUUGUGCUAACGCUAACACUCAAGUUUUCAGAGAAAUAAUUCUUUCAAACACAAUACAGAUUGUCCCAACAGGUUUACAAGAGAGAUUUACAAAAAUGCAAAUUAAUUUAACUGUUGUUUUCACAACAUGCAAUUCGGCGUGGAAUCAGCCCAAUAAUGCUGCAUAGUAAAGCCCUGUGGCCGUUUUGCCUUUCCAGGAAGUUGAUAUAUAUCCCAUCUUGUGAAUCCCAGAAAACGGUGGCAAUCACCUUUCCGGCCGAUAAGACAGUUUUGUCGCCUUCGGAGCGUGUUCGCGGGGUGGCGUCCACUGUAUCGACUGUUCAUUGGUCUCUGGCGUGUCCUAGUGGAUCAGGAAACAUAGGAUAGUUAUGAAACAACGUAGAAACUCCUUCGGACUACGCUCGAACAGCCUAAGGUGGUCUCUUGGUUGCGGUUAUUAUCCUAUCUGAGAAAACGCGGCAAAAGAUCCAGAGGAAGAUGUCCAGUACGAUGGUCGGAGAAAGGACAUGACUAUUUACUCAUUCUCCGAAGCAAAACAAUACGCACAGGAGAGAGAUAAUUGGCGAUUGGAGAAAAUCAAAUUACAUCCCAGCAAACAGGUUUGAGCCCAGUUACGUGAUAAUUACGUUAAAUUUACGGCAAAUUUCAACGAAUACGUAACUCGGAGAUUUAUGACGGGAAAAAAACGUAUUUCAGUGCCAAAUCAUUCACCAAUAUAUUUUUGAUUCCUUUAUACAUGUUUGACAUUAGAAUAAUAUAAAAUCAUAAUGACGAAUAUUGUACAUGUUUUUUAUCAUAGGUGUGAAUGUCGGUUACAUCGCAAAGGUACGUUUAUUUCACGUAAUAAUCACGAAACAGAAAUAACUUCCUUUGGUUAAAUUUUGAGAAAUAUUUUUGAAAACAAAAUUUUACAACGGUGUUGGUUAAAUACGUAUAGCUUGAAUUUUACUCCCUGUAUUUUAUGGACGUCGAAAAAUUAGAUGUAUUCCACGUAAAGUAAUGUAAAUAAUACAAUAUUUAAACAAAAAGUUUAUGAUUUCGCUUUUAAAAUCAUUUAGCAUAACUAUUUCAAUCCAACCUUGAUUUGAAGCUAUUUUUGCUAUUUUUUUUUUCUUUAAAAAUAUCACAGCUAAAAUGAUGUCGAGUCUAAUUUUCAAAUCGCGCGCGGUGAUGACGUACUACCAAGCCUUUCUCCUCCUUUAAAUACUAUCACGUGACCACGAUACGUGAUUAACAUAGUUGGUUCGAAAACUAAAUUAAUCGAUUUAUCGAAUAAUAGAUACGUUUCGAUAGGAUUAUUUUUUUAUAUUAUUCUGGUAUUGAAAUAGAUUUUUAGUAAGACCAAUUAGGUAAUAGCAGAAGAAAUUUAAAAACAAAAAGAAAAUAUGUAAUACUAAUUUAAAGUAAGUAGAAUAGUUUAACUGUAAUUUAAAAAUAAUCGAUUUUUAUAAUCGAUGAGCAUAACCUCUAAUUCUCUAAUAUCAGCUUCUCACAUUUCUCCUCACAACAAAAAGUGAAAGUGAAACGUGAAGAGCUUUAUUUCCCUCGUUUUAUUUUAGGCGGGUUUAUUUAUAAUAAUGCCUUUCGUAUUAACGUUUACCUCACUGCUCGAGGGUUGAAGUGUCGUCAAAAUAAAAAGUGACCUGUGUUGUGUUUUGUGUUGGCAAAUUUUUUAAUGCGUCUUUAGGUCGGUAGCAUUUUUGGUUCAUUAUCUUGUAUAAUAAUUAUACAAGACAAAUGUUUUAAAGUCUCUAAAUUCUACUAAAUAAAUACAUUGUUAAUACUUUAUAGGCUUGUUUUAUUUAUGUCAUAUGAGGAUAAUAAUUACAUGAUUAGUAAGUUAAUUAAGGUCGAAUUAUUUACGUGAACCGAAAGAUAUGUUGAUCAACACGUAUUUGCAACGUGAAUUUCCCGAAACAUUUUAUUGGUAUUUAAGGUGAAUAACACGUCUAUUGAAGACGAGUUAUUCACGUAAUUUAAAGACGUAUUUUCAAUGUGACAUUCCAACCAAAUUUUCACGUGAAAUUCACGUAAGCAAUUUACGUAUAUUGGUGACAAAUGUACCACAAAUUCACGUAAUUAACACGUCGGUCUGUUUGCUGGGAUGACGCCACGAAGGAGAAAAUAUAGAGAAGGACACACACUGUUUAUGUAUGUUGACUCAUAGUUUUUGAAUUUUGCUCGUGAUCGUGAUUUUCUGUUCACUGCACCUUUUCUUGUCUUUAUGCUGCUUGCUGUGUAUAUUUUUUAUUAGUAACUACUAUUUUUCGAGUUUGCGUUGUAGUGCAGGUAAGCGAUGAGGGAGCGGGUGUAAAUAUAAUCUACUUAUGAUCUUCUUCGGGUAUCUGUGCCAAUUCUACUAUACAGUAAGCACCACGCUACUAGAUACAUGGGUAGGUACCUAAUAGCUAUGCUUAUGGGCUAAUCCGGUCCGUUCUCAGAUGUGACUUUCAUGUUUAUCAUGUUACUGUCAAGAAACUAUCCAAAAUAUUUGUUUUUCCAAAAAAAAUACAAUAAAUAAUAUAAUAGUAUUGUUACUCUACUUUAAAAUAACUUAACUUAACUGUCACUAGACAUAAAAGUAAACAGUGCAAUAAGUGAACGGUCCAGCAUGUAUUAGCUCAAUGGUCCCGUGUGUCUAGUAGCGUGGCGAUUGCUGUAUAUAAAUGAUAGUAUCAGUUAAAAUAAAAAAAUCGUUUCGUACUUUCUGCAAAGGUCUAGCCCUAGCCUAAUAGUCUGUACAUUCCUAGUCCCUUAUUUUUAUUUGAUCUCGUUAGGAUGUAGAUCGUAGAUCAUAAUAUUUGUGAUAUUUGUUUUAAAAGUUUUAAAUUGUAAAAAGUACACGAGCUUUUAUACGUCGUGCUAAAGAGAGUGUCGAGUAAUUUUUGGACAAACACGACAUUUGGCCAUUUGCGGUUCACUUUGCCGUAUUCUCCACAUAUAAAAGAAAAAGAGGCAAUAAUGUAAACAACAUGUUUUCUCCACAUAUAGAAGAGGCAAUAAUGUAAACAAAAUUGUAUGGAUCUUAAAAUCUUAAUAAAUUUUUCAUUCAACACAACAUACAGUUAUCUUUAAAACGGUCCUGUGACGAGGCCGGUGUUAUGGUGAUAUUUACAUUGUUGUCAGAUCUUCCGUUUUUCUGAAAAUCUAAUGAAUUUCUUUAUUUCAAAUAGAUCAGCCUGUAUAUUUUUUGGCUUUGGAAGUCCUUAAGAAAUACUGAUUAUUUUUCAUGUACCUAAUGUUCCCUAUAGCGACACGCUUCAUUUAUUAUUUUUUUAAUUGUUAAUGUUACAUAUUAACUUUUCUCAAAACGAAAGAAUACGUCUCAUGUUAAAUUCACAUGUGUUUUUCGUUCCUAAAAUACAAAACCAGAUUGUAUAAAAUUAAUGUCUUUUUCAAGGAAACACAAAUUGCCAGAUUGGCCACGCUCUUUAUGUCAACUUCUUAAAAACUACAGAAAGGUUCUCAGCUUUUAAAACGCCAGAUUUAGUAAUUUAUCGCCUUUUCUAGCCACAUGGUAGAACCGCAUACAUGAAGACAUAAUAGUGUUGUGGUCUCGGUCAGUAUCGACACAGCGGGCACGCAGCGCAGUUACACCCUCGCUAAAAUACCAAACCCUUACGAGAUAUAAACGAAGCACGCUUGUUUACCCAAAAUAAAUAAAUAUAUUACUCUUCGUUGUUUUACACUUACUUUAAUUUCAUAAUUAUUGUUUCCGUAAACCACCAACAGAACAUUCCCUAUACAUAAAUGCCAUAAUUUCGAAGUGAUUGCUACAUUUACAUAUCUUCGCAGAGUUAACAUAAUACAUUAAAUGAAUAAAUUCGUUUAAUUUAAAUAAUGUUCAAUAAUUUAUAUCCUAACAAUAUCAUAACAAGAUCUAUGUCAAUAAGUUAGUAAACUAUUUCAGUUUCCUUCAAUAAAAAAGGGACCACUUGUUUUGUCGCUUAUUAUUCCAGUCCUUACAUUAAGUUUUUCUGGAUACUGUGUGUGGCAUUCACGCAUCCAACGAGGAUUCUUACGUGGCCAGUAUCUAUAAUUAUGCCGAUUUAAGUUUCCAUUCUUACGGACUUCGAAAGACAAAAAUAUACAGGGAGAUUUAUUUGAAAUAAGAAAGUUCAUUAGAUGUCCAGAAAAACUGAAGAUCUGACAACAAUGUAAAUAUGUAAAAUGCAAUUGAAGCGUCCCAUACUUAAAACACACUGUAUUUUAGUGUCCAAUGUGUUUGUUGUAUGUUCAAAAAUACUCUUAACCUCAAGGCACCAAACUAUGUAACUUAAAAUCCUUUAUGGUAAGGUGGAAAAUAUUUAUAAGCCAUAUUUCCAAAAACGUCAUAGCUAACAUUUUAGUUCGUUUUUAAAUCGGUAGAUUUACUAAAAACAUUUUUGUGGCAGAACAGAUUUGGUUUAUUUAUUCAUAGAUAAGACAUACACUUUUAGAUCUUAAUUUUUUAAUAGAAUUUAUCGUUUUUUGUGUUUUUGUAUUGAUAUUUUAUGAUGAAUGUAAAUCAUAAAGCAGACACACAUUUUUUUAGUAACGUUUUUUUAAUGAUUUGUGAUAUUUUGGUUUUAAAUGCACAGUUGUAACCAUAGACAUUAUAAUACCUAGAUCACUAUUUUACCAGUGAAUUCAAAUUAAACAAUGCAGUUUUCUUCUCCUAUAGUGGUUUAUAAAUUAAGGGGCUAUCCUAGUGUAAAAGUACGAAAUUCAUAUACUUUUUUGGGAAUUUCUAAAAUAAAAAGUACUGUACAUACCAAUUGUUUUGAAAAUUUGCAUGAGCAUUUAUUAUAAAAAGAAGUAAUGUAAAAAAUUUUCAUAAAAAAAUAUUUAAAAUUAAACAAUUUAUGCGCCAUCUACUAGCACCGUCAAAAUAAAAACAUGGUUCCACUGCUGCAGUGAUUGGGAUUAAUAGAGAUCCUGAAACAUAAAAUUUCAAAGUUAUUAUUGAAAUACAAGUUAUUUUCUAUACCAUCAACUAGGGGUCUUUUAAUCGGAUAAAAAAUGUCAAUUUGUCGGUUUUUGAAAUUAUUGAAAAUGUUUUAACUAAUUUAAAAAAAAAAAGAAUGUGUGUGUACUUUGUACGCACGUAAGAAGUUAUACUUCUAUUAUAUGAUUAUAUGAUUAUAAACGAAAUUAAUAUACUUUUUAUUUAUAUUUUAUUUAAAUAUUAAAUUAAUUUAUACUUAAUACUUCUCAAACAUUUUUAUUAAAACAGUGCCAAAAAUUAAAAUAAUAAAAAAAUAAAACACACACAAACACAUUAAAAAUGCCACAAAUGAUUUCUGAACAUUAAUUGUCGGAAAAAUUUUUAACUAAAUACGUAUUUUCUGAAAAUAAAAUUAUAUAAUAAAUAUACUUACAAUCAUAAAAUGUAUAAAAAAAAAUAAAAAAAUAAAAGUUUCUAUUGGGAUUCGAACCAACUUACCACGCGGCUGGUAUUUGCGUUGUAUUGGGAUUCACCCGCAUUAAAACUGCACCACAGAGGCAGCUUGUCAUUAUGUGCGAAGAUCGUCUAACUAAACAGAUUAACCUUUUGACAUUUUUAACUUAUGUAAAUCAAAUUAUUUUGAUUUUGAAUUGAAAUGAUUUAGAAUUGAAAAAAUACAACAAAACAUAGGGUAAGAAGACAAUAUAUUAGGUGAAUAUUGAUAUAAAUUUUGAUGGUAAUCAAAUUAUGUAAAAAAAAGUAUUACAUACUACUUAUGUAUUUUGGUAGGUUCAAGGUAGGUAUCGGAGCCCGUAUAACGACUAAUACAUUUCGCAAUCACUUGCGUCGUGCAAAGUGGCUAUGUUCAAAUAUCAUAACAAAAUUUGAUCAACUAUUUAUAAAACACUUACCAGUGAAAGAUUCUUUAGCUUUGAAUAAGCGAGAUCUGCGGCACUCAUACUAGGCACAGUUUGAUGAGCUUUCACAUUGGCAUGCAACAAUCAUCUCUUCUAUGUAAAUAAGUCCAAAAAUAUAAUAUGAAAACUAUUUAAAAAGGCAGUAUAACCAUUAACUAACUUUUUGUUUGUUGUUUCUCUUCCUACAAAUUUUAAAACGCAACAAGCAUACAUUAUAACCAAACGCAGUCCCACAGCUGCCAUAUUGGAUAAUUUUUGUCAUGUCAUUUGAACAUCCAAUCAGAACAAAGUUAUAAUGCGCAUGCGCCCGGUCGCUAGGUUUUCCCAUAUAAAAUUUCACCGUCAUUACGCCCGUAAAGAAGUAUAACUUCAAAAAUUCAACACUUUGUCAUUGUUCCAAAUUUUAAUAUUUUUCAAAAAUCCUAGUUAAUGGUAUAAGAAAUAUAUUUCAAUAAUCACUUUGAAAUUUUACGUUUCAGGAUCUCAAUUAAUCCCAAUCACUGCAGCAGUAGAGCCAUGUUUUUAUUUUGACGGUGCCAGUAGAUGGCGCAUAAAUUGUUUAAUUUUCAAUAUUUUUUUAUGAAAAUUGUUUUACAUGCACUUCUUUUUAUAUAGUCGGUUCGCUAAACUCAGACGCAACUGGCUAGAUAUUUUAGUCGAUAAUUUUUUUGUUUUUUGCCAAUUUUGCAAAAUUUGGCAAAAUUACUAACUAUUUAGUGAUUAUUGACUAUUUAGUAAUUAUUUUUUGCCAAUUUUACUAAAAUUGGCAAAAUUACAGACUAAAAUAUCUAGAAAGUUGCGUCUGAGUUUAGCGAACAGACUAUAAUAAACGCUCGUGCAAAUUUUCAAAACAAUAGGUAGGUACAGUACUUCUUAUUUUAGAAAUUCCCAAAAAAGUAUAAUAUACUUUUUUGGGAAUUCAAAUUAUGAAUUUCGUACUUUUGCACUAGGGUAGCCCCUUAAAUUGAUAGCUAAAAAUUUCUUCUUUUUUAGUUUUAUUAUACUAUGUAUGAAGAUGCAGGUUCACUUUUUAGAAACUAUAGUGAGCGAUAUGAGAUAUAAUAUAUACAGUGAUGAGCGUGCUAAUAACCGGCAAAAUAGCGCAAAAGAUGGAAAACAUAUUAAAUUGUGAGAUAAAAAGAAAUAAAACUAGUAGAGUUGUUAAAUUUAGCGAUAGUAACAUUUAAUGAUUAAUUAUUUAUAUGGGAAAUAAGCCACAAUUAAAAUGAAAAAAAUAAUUUUAUUAACGUUUCGACGCCCAAAUCGGGUGCCGUUGUCAAAAUACAAAAUAUUACUAAAAUAAACUAAAGUGUUGUUGCUAAGCAAAAAAAAUUCUUCUAAUAAUUUAUUUAAUCUCACUCAUUUAUAUUGGCAAUUCAGACAUAUAUUAUACAUUUUAAAGUAGAAGACUUUAAAAUGAUAUUGCCAAUAUUUAUGAGUUGCGUUCCUGGGACGACUUACUGAAAGAUAGUUCAUUCGAUUACAUGAAAUUAACCCCAACUCAAGAAUAUCCGUCAUAAAAAAUUAUAGCAUGUGAUAUGUCUUUAAAAAGACAACCAAAUGCAACGACAGUAAAAUUCUCGCGUUAGAGACUUCAUAGUAAAUCACAAGGGAAAACCAGGAAAAACCCUGUGAUAAAUAAAUAAAUAAAUGUCGAAACGUUAAUAAAAUUAUUUUUUUCAUUUUAAUUGUGGCUUAUUUCCCAUAUAAAUAAUUAAUCAUAAAAAUGCCACAAGGAAAUAGCUUCAGAACAACAGUAACAUUUAAAUUGACAUUAUAUUGAUUGUUUCCCACCUUUAGAUGUAUCAGAGGAGAAUGUCAACUAAAACUGUCACUGUGAUAGUGGCAUUUCUCAAAUUCGUUCGAUACGUCUAAAGGUGGGAAACAAUCAAUAUAAUGUCAAUCUAUAAGUUACUAUCGCUAAAUUUAACACCUCCACUAGGUUCAUCUCUUUUUAUCUCACAACUUAAUAUGUUUUCCAUCUUUUGCGUUAUUUUGCCGGUUAUUAGUACGCUCAUCACUGUAUUAUAGCAUAGUUCCCCGUCAGUAACAAGUUUUAUUACUUGGAAUAUAAGUUAGGGAUUUCUAGGGGAAAUUAAAGCUCCAGUCUAGGGUGAUUCUGAAAUUUCAUCUGGCAACCCUGGCGCGCAGGCUAGGUAUUGUAUUAAAUGUUUAUGGUUAUCACAGUAUGUUAUGUAACCUAACCUAACCUAGAAUGUUGCUGUUAUCAAAUUAUUUCACGUGAUUUAAUUCAUUACUUUUCGUAACUAUUUUACCCUUAAGAGGGUAUGGUUUGAAAUCAACAUUUCAAGCGCUUUUAUGGUUUUUUUUUAAACUAUGGUAGAAUAAUUUUAUUUUUAAAUGAAAUAACCAUAUUCAGUACGAUUCAAAAAACAUUUAAAAAAAUGUCAAGGCAAAAUAAUGAAAAAUAAGCCAAAGGAGGAAAAUUUUUACAGACACCCAAAAUUAACGAUUUUUGAGUUUUUGGUAUUACUCAGAAGUCAAAAUAACGAAAUUUUUUGUAAAAUCAAUAUAUUUAUUAUUGUUAAACAAAAAAUAAACAUAAAACCAAAAAUUUCUAGACAGUGUUACCUCACGAAAUGUCUAAAGAAAAUGUAUGCAAAAUUUUAAGUGGGCCGGUCAAGUAGUUUUUGAGUUACAAUGUCAACCGCCGUUGAAAAAAUCUUUUUUGUCUGUCAAAUCGUAAAGUGAUACACACCGGCAUAUGAUUUUGAAUCGCGGCGUAAUUUACAAAAGAGCGCGUAGCUGCUACAAAGUGAGUCAAAGGUAGGGACAUUAAACAUGCUGCAUUCCGGAAAUUUUGCUCCAAUCAAUCUGAAAUUUUCAGAGAGUAUUCUUGAAGUUAUGUACUUUCAUUUAAAAUAUUAAAAAAUCUAAAAUUUUCAAACCAUACCACUCUUCAAAAUAGUAAUACGAUUAAAUAGUAAAAUACAUAGUUAAUAAGCUGAGAUGGCAAAUACAAAACAGAAUCAUUUUACUUCAAUUAUAAAGAUAAACAAACUCAACCUCAGAAGUAUUCGUUGGUUUUGUAUAAACGCCUUUAAUAUACCCAUUGUGAUUUCUUAAAAACAUACUUCCACUGAUUUUGAGACUUUUAUGCCUGGUUGCACCAACAAAUCUUAAGCUCCAGCUUAGCCCAGCUCAGCUUAUACAUAGAUAGGGCCGUUUUAAGCCUCACUUACUUUGCACCAUAAUUUUCGAUUCUUAUUGAUCCAAUUCACGUGGCAAUCCAUUGUGACAAGUUGAAAAUUGAUCUAAGACUCAAUGGUGUAACGUGUAUGUUUCGUAAGCUUAAGAUAUAUUAUGUUGGUGCAACCAGGCAUUAAAUACCCUCAGUUAUAUUAAGUGUAAUACUGGUACCAAAGCAGUACCCAAUAUAAAAAAGUUUUCGAAAGACAUUUUUUAAUAUAAAUAUGUUUAAUUAUUAUGAAGAUAUUUAUAAGAAUUUUGCAAUCGAUAAUGAAUAAGAGUAAUAAGAUAUUUGUGUAUAUAAAAUUAUUUAUAACCGAUUGGUACUGUGUUUAUGUUGAGCGUUGGUGUACUGGUUCUUUUAUCGACAAAUUUUGACCAUUUUGCGAUAUGUAAUGCUAAGCUAUUGAUUCAUAAACUACUGUUUUCUUAAAAAACUAAAAACAAAUAAAUAUAAAUUGUAAAAUUCCCUCAUCUUCCUUAGUCUCAGCAUCCGUUAUGGCUUGCCAAUUGUAGAAGCCUCGGAGGUGUUACCAGAGAAGGUUCCCAUUGUUUUCAAUCUGGUAGGAUGUAGAGUAACAUCUUUUGAUGAUGUUUUAUGUGCUAUUAGAUUGAAAACUUACUUUUUUGCUAGCAGUUGCCGCUAAGGCAUCCCUGUCAUUGCGUUCGUCGCAAUCCGUGACUGCACGCCGGGGUUUGUCCUAGUUGGGUCAGAGAGAGCAGCAUAUGUGCCUCCUGAUGAGAGACUAAUAAGUUUCGAAACCGGUAGAGGUGCUUGCUGCACUCUCUGAUUGAACUGGAAUAAUGAUGCGGCUGUAGUUUCGUGUUGCAACGAAAUUGAAAAUGGUUAUUCAUUUUUGAUUUACUGUUUUCUUCUUCUUCUUUAAGUGCCUUGUCGUGGUGCUCACUCCAUAACACUGGUGGAGGUUCCAAAGCCAGGAUGUUUUUCUGCGUCCGGGGCCGCGCUUUACCUCUAUCUUUCCUCAUCACGUGGGCAACGUACUCUAGUUUUCUUCGUUUUAUGAUAUUCAGUACUUCUUUCUUUGUUUAGUCGCUGCAUUACCGCUUGAUUUGUUACUCUGUUCAUCCACGAUAUCCUCAAUAUUCUGCGGUAAGCCCGCAUUUCAAAAGCCUCAAUCCUUUUACACAUUGUUUCCGUGAGGGUCCAUGAUUCCAUUCCAAAGAACAAACUGGUGAAGGCAUAGCAGCGCAAUAAGCGUAUUCAUAGCGUAAUUUUAAGCCCUGUUGGUUAGUACCUUUUGCAUUUUCCUCAAUGAUGUUCUCGCUUGCUCUAUUCUGCACAGCUUUUUUUAUUUCAUUCUAAUAUAUUGGUCCUUCGAUCCGAAAAUCGAAAAUGAUGAUCAAGAACUGAAAAAUAAUGCCAAAACCGAAACAAACAGAUAUGGCAAACAAUUUGGACGGAAACCUGAAAUGGACGAACCAGAUGUGGGCAAAAAAAGCAAUCUGGAAAAAUAAAAUAAAUUAUAGAAACCUACAGAGAUAAGAGAUAUGACAAUUUAAUUGUUUAAUAAUGAAUUGGUCAUAUUGUUCGAUCAAAACUAUUAUUUAUAAAAAUUUGUCGGUAAAAGAACGUUUUAUUUGAUUUAUUUUUGUGUGAUAAAACGAAAAAUUAUUUCUAUUUUUUAUUUAUAGGGCAAGCUUAUGCAAUAAUGUUGUCAUUAUUUAAAAAUGUGCCUAAAAUAUUAAGGAACCGGGGACCUUUUUUGUAAAAUGUUUUUUGUUGGUAAAAAAAGGAUAUCUUGAAUAAAACUUGAUGUUUACAGGAUGGUCUAUUCAAAAAAAUUUAAAAACAAGUAAACUGACUUAUAUUUGCGGUAUUUUGGUUGCGUUUCCUAGACACCUUUGCAUCAAUUUCUAGAAGGGAAAAAUAUAUAAAAAACGACAUAACAAGAAUUGGUUAAGUCAAAUAAAAGUGUUGUAAAAAGAAGAGAGAGAGAGAAACAAAGGGAAAGGGUAUAAAGAACGACAUAACAAGGAGUUGUUAAGUCAAAUGAAGGUGUGGUAGAAGGAAACAAGCCAAAAAUGUGUAAAGAACUGCAUAACAAGAAGUGGUCAAGUCAAACAAAAGUGUGGAGAAAAGGGGGAGAGAAGAACAAGGGAAAAUGUGUAUAGAAUGAUAUAAUAAGUGGUUAAGUCAAAUAAAAGUGAGGGAGAAUGAAAAGAGGGAAACAAGGCGAAAUGUGAAAACAACGACCUAAUAAAGAAGUGGUUAAUUCAAAUAAAAGUGUGAACGAAGGAAGAAAGAAAGAAACAGUGCAUAUAAGAGAAAACCCAGCAAAAAUCCGUAGUAGAAAUGGUAUUUUAGAUCACAAUAUACUUACAGUUGUAAGGAUUUUUAACUAAACAGAUUUUUGAAUUCAUUUUGAGUUGAUUAUUUCCCUUUUAUAUAUAUCUUCCUUGGACAAGCUGGUUAAAACGGGACAGUGUUGCCCUUUCAAUGUAUACUAAUGCUAUCCUGUAAACAUCACUUUAUUCUAUUGUUUUGUAAUAGUCGUUACAAUAUUUUAACAAAACUUUUUCUUGCAUUUAAUAUUAUUUGAUUAUAUAAGCUUUUCUAUCACCAUUGUUUAGCCAUAUUUUUAUUAAACAGACGUAUCAAGGUCUCAUUAUUUCUUGUCGUACAAGAUGAUUAAACGAUUCGUAUUCAUUGGAAUUCUUUAUAAAAAAAUUCUGAUGUUUUGUUUGUUGUACAGUCAAUAAAUUGAAUAUUUUUA